AUGUAUACGGCCUUGACGGAUGUCUUUGAGCUGGAACAAAGCCUGUUGGAGAUAACUGGAGUAUCCUUCCUAUGCUGGCGUUUCCUCGAGCCCUUCACCCUCCCCCGUCUCUUUCACACCAUCAAAGUCAACUUUGCUGAAAAGCACAUCAAGAAGCUUCAAGGCAUAUCCCUUUCACCACACAUCGCCCCUCUUGUUCAACAGGUGAUCUGGAUCACCUCUGGCACACGUGAUACACACGAUGACCCCCAUGGCCAUGUCAACACUUGGACCGGCCAUGAAGAUUACAUCAAGGAGUUCCGCGGUCACUUCUUCUUGAGCCUCGAUGCUAUGCCCAAUCUGCACACCUUUGCCUCAGAACUUGGGCCUCUAGGCCUCCACCCAGAGAGAGACCAGAUAGAUGGGCUCGUCUACGCCCUGUGGCCCGCCAUGCGCAGACGAAAGUCGAGAAUCACUUCGUUUAGGUGCCAAGAUCCCUUGAACUACAUGAGAUGGCUCAAUUGCGAGUGUCUACAAGCCAUGGGAGGUCAGCACACUGAGCUACCUGCCUCGUUCCCUGCCGGGCCUCUCCGCGGAACGGUCGACUCAUUGUUUAGCGAAGACCUGGGUCUUCCCACCCCAAUUUCUCGUAGGGAAUUUCUUAAAGGCCUAAUCAUGACCCAGUUUCCCAUGGUUGGUCUAGAUCCCACCUCUAUCAUGGUUUGGAGAUGGCCAUUGAGGAAGCUCCGAGGGCUGGAUCUUCGGAUUGAUUCGGCCGGAGGCCACUGGAAGGGAACUCCCAGCUCCGAGGUAAUGCUGAAAUUCUUUCUAAUGGAAGCUAACAACAUUCGCGAGUUGUCGUUGCGAUUCAGGCCAACCGGAACCUAUUCCAGGCCAAACAGCCAUUCGAAGUGGGUGUUGCAGGGGGUGCUAUGUUGCCGAUGGAAGUUCUUGCAAACCAUCAAGAUCAGCUUUGUUAUGUUGCCGACCUCCAAGCCCUUCGUCGAAUUCAUGGAGGGCCAUGCGGAAACUCUGAAGCACAUUCUGAUCCACGGCUGCACCGGGGGCAACAAGAGCCCUGCCGAGAUCAUCAAGGCUGCGGCAAAGGCGAAGAAACUUAAACUGCAUCGUUUCCUCGUUUUCCCCUCACAGGAAGGGUACCUCCAGGAUAUUGUUGAACCCUGGAUCAUCCCCGAACGGCUCGUUCUGGACUUUGUCAACAAAAAGGAUCCGUCUCUGGACCCCUUCAAGGAAUACCUGCCAGGUAGAGACUGUGUCUGGGGAACAGUUACCCAGAAGGCAGCUUCGAUAUCUGAAGAAUGGCCAAAGGACGACGGGAUGCAUUUCACUUGCAGGCAAUGUACAAAUCAAGUUUGA